UAUCAAUCACAUCACUUGACAUUUCAUGGUUUAUAGAGAACAACAACAAUUUGUUUGUCAUUCAGUGAAUCAUUAUUCAUUACUAGAAACUUGCAAAUGUUGUUUUAAUAUUGGUUUCACAAGUUUUAAGACAAGCGGAGUAUAUUUUAUUGUUGUUUUAGGUGAAAAUAAGUGUUAAACAUGAAUGUGGUGAAUAAGAAUAUAAGAGGCACUCAUCGAAAAACUACGGAGAAUGAUUUUCAAAUAAAAAGAUUUGGCCAAUAUACCGUAUCACGUUCUAAAACAUUGACAACCAGUACGAAUCAUCUAUCAACAAAUUUAAAUAUCGAUAACAGCGUAGUGCAUUCUCGUUCGAUGAGUAGGUCUGAUUUAAUGAUACCUGAUAGAUAUCCCGGAGUGGUUGAUGGUAAAUCAUCCACAGAAACUUCGGAUAUUGGACGAAUAACCCAAAGCGACAGUUUUGACAUUCCUAAGACGGCGGCCGAUCACAACGUUGGUUACGUACCAAAAUACGACGUUAGUCGAAAACUUAAAGAUUUUAUUAUCAACUGCACUCCCCGUCAACUUAUUAAACCUAACUCGUUUGAAAUGACACCAGCCUGCAGUGUUUUAGCGGUUUCAUCUGAAGUGCGAAACAAAUCCCAUAACCCAUCACUUGCAAAAAAAAUUGACAGUAAAAGUGAAAUGACUAACAGUGUUGUAUUAGUUUUAACUGAAGGUAGAGGUUCCGCUCAAGGUGAAAUCGGAUUAGCAGCAAUUGAUUUAAAAAGACCCGUAUUGAUAUUAUGCCAAAUUAGUGAUACUCAAAUAUACAUGAAUACAAUAAAUAAAAUAAAUAUUUUAAAUCCUGCAGAGAUUUUAGUCCCAAAUACAUUUAUGGAUCAGAUACAAGGUACAUUGUUGUACAAUACCAUUAAAAGUAAUUUUCCAUUAAGUGCUAUACUUACUGCCUCUCGAAAACAUUUUUCUGAAAAUGAAGGUAAACUUUACCUAAAAAAUAGUAUCAUACCAGAAUGUACUUCUACGUUAGAACAGGUGUUGCCAAAAUUUUACGCGGUUUCUGCUGCAGCAGCAUUAUUAAAACAUAUCGAGUUUAACCAUAAUGUGAUGUUUUCUUCAAAUACACUGCGAAUAGAGUAUGAAGGAGUUGAAAAAUCAAUGUUUAUUGAUGCAAACACGGCGUCAAGAUUAGAAUUAGUAUUAAAUAAUUCAUUAAAUAUCAAAAAUACACUUUUUGAUGUUUUAAACCGAUGUGCUACUAUUGGAGGUCAAAGAAGACUCCGAUCUUCUAUCCUGCAACCUUCUAGCGAUAUUAUGUUAAUACAUAAUCGUCAAGAAGCUGUACAAGAAAUGUUAAGUAGUCCAGAACAAAAUUUCGUUUUACUUAGAAACGUAAUCCAAAAGUUCACUGACGUCGAACAGUUGUAUUGGUUGUGUACAAAAGUUUCUAAAAAUACUCAAAAGCUAUCUAAAUUACAAGGAAAUUAUACAUUGUUAUUAAAAACUAUAUUAGAAGCACUGCCAGCCCUUGUAGAUAUUUUAGAACCAUUCAAAUCCGAAUACAUUUCCUCUAUACGGAAGACAUUAUCAAAUUCCGGAUAUUCAAAAAUGUUAGAAAUAAUUGAUAUAACUAUAAAUAAAGAAUCUACUAGAUCAAAAGGAUUUUCACAAUCUCAGUUUCAAAGAUGUUUUGCUAUUAAAUCUAAUUUGAAUCCUUUACUAGACGUUGCUCGCACAAUUUAUAGUGAAUUGAUUGAAGAAUUUCAUGAUAAAGUAAAAGUUUUAGGGGAACAAUUAGAUAUGGAACAUUUGUUUGUACAAAAUUCAUGUAAAAGGGGUUUUCAUGUUCAAGUUGAACUAAAGAAUAUUAAAAAUUUCAAUGUCAAACAUCCUCCGAGUAUAUGUAAAAAUGUUGAAUGCGUAAAAAAUAUUGUAAAAUUUACCACGGAAGAUUUAUUAGUACUAAAUAUUCGUAUUACUCAAGCGUUAAAUGAAGUAGAAAUAUUGACUAAUGCAAUAUUGAAUGAAAUGCUAAAAGAGUUAAGAAAAUAUAUUAGUUGUAUAUACGAUCUGUGUAAUGGUAUUGCUGACUUAGACUUGAUAUUUUCAUUCGCUCAAUAUAGUAUGCGUUCAGGAUCGACUAGACCCAAAUUUGGACAAUACAUGGAUAUCAAAAGUUCUAGACAUCCAAUAUUGGAUAUUAUUAAUUCAAUUGUUACAGUUGAUAACGAUAUUUUUGCUUCAACUGAUAAGAAUUUAAAUAUCAUCACCGGACCUAAUAUGGGUGGAAAAAGCAUUUAUAUACGUCAAGUGGCAUUAUUACAAAUUAUUGCUCAGAUCGGAUGUUUUGUACCUGCAACAUUUGCUCAGUUUCGUAUUUGUGAUCGAUUGUUUACGAGAAUUGGUUUUGGAGACAGCAUAGAAUCAAAUGCAUCAACAUGGGUUUUAGAGAUAAAAGAAUUAAAUGGUAUACUUCCUUCACUUACGAAACAUAGUUUAGUAAUUAUUGAUGAAUUAUGCCGAGCUACUUCUUGCGAAGAAGGAUCAAGUUUAGCAUGGGCAAUUUGUGAACACAUAAUGCAAUCUUGUGCUUUUAUAUUUUUUGCUACGCACAGUAUUUUGAUAACAAAACUUCAAGAUUUAUACUGCAAUGUAUUAAAUUAUCAUAUGGAGGCAUUACCCGCGAGAAAUUCUACGACUAGAUUGACUUAUACAUAUAAAUUAUGCCCUGGAGUAACGAAUUUUGAUGACUAUGGACUAACCUUGGCUAGAGAUGUAAAAAUGCCUGAACAUUUAAUUGAAAAUGCUAUAGAAAUUGAGAAAUGUUUACGUCAAACAAGAAUAGCGUUACCAGACAAUCCAUCAAAUGAAGCAGACUUGAUUUUGGAUAAUUGUAUUCAAAAACUGUUAAACAUGAAAGAUACAGAAUGUCUCAAUAUAUCAAAUAUUCAGUUGGUUGUAUUAGAAAUGAUGAAUAAAUUAAAAGAGAACAAAAGAAAAAACAUUGAUCCAUUGAUGGAAUACAUAGAUUCUGAUAAUGAAGUAUAGGUAUAGUAGGUGCCCGAGAUCGGUAUUGUCUCCACAAGAAUUAAUAUUAAAAAUCGGCAAUCCGAUAAUGCUACUUCCUACUUUGGAAUCUCAAGC